GCGCGCGGAGCGGGCGGGGGCGAGCGGGCGCCGCGCUCAGUGUGUCGGCGCGCGCCGCCGCCGCCAUGGGCAACCAGCACUCCGCCUCACACUACGUCCACAAGCCCAGCAAGAACGUGCGCUGGAAAACUGCAGGACGACCUGCUACACCAGGGAAGCCGGAUAUCGUUCCGAUACUCUCGGAUGACGAACCGAACUCGAUCACGUUGCGAUGGGCGCCGGCAGCGCACGACGGCGGCGCGCCUCUGCUGGGCUACCAGGUGGAGUGCAACCGCCUCGGCUCGCCGGACUGGAUCCGCACGGCGCCGCCUGUAGUGCUGCGCCCCGAGCUGGUGCUCACCGGCCUCGAACCUCCAUUCCGCUACCAGUUCCGGGUGGCAGCACUCAACGCCGUGGGACGCUCAGACUACAGCGACUUGUCCGACGUCCUCACGGUCAGUUCCGACCGCCUUCCUCAUGAACCACCACUAUUUCUUCAACACUUAGACGAUAUAACUGCUCUUGAAAACGAUAAAACCGAAUUCCGCGUUGCUUUCUCCGGCAUUCCACCGCCGACUAUAGCGUGGUUCAAGGAUGAUUAUGAAAUUUUCAGUAGCAGAAGGACGGCGAUCACAACGAGCGAGUCCACGAGCGUUCUUGUCUUUCAUCAAACUUUACCAAGCGAUGAAGGCGAAAUAAAAUGCACAGCAACAAAUCGCAGUGGACACGCAGUGACAAAAGCUCGACUGUCACUUGAAGCCGCACCGAAGUUACGCUAUCCGCGUCAAUAUGAGGACGGCUUGCUGUACGAAAUAAACGAAACCGUUUUCUUAAAAACGACGAUAGUUGGGAAACCGACGCCAACUAUAGAAUGGAGACAUGAUGGCCAACCCAUAGUGGUAGAUGACCGAGUGGAAAUCUCGAAUACUGCUAAGUUCUCGAUGCUGAAGAUACACUCAGCACGAAGGAGUGACCGUGGUGAAUACCAAAUACAUGCUAAAAACAGAAUCGGGGAAGACACAGCAGCUUUUCUCGUCACCAUCACUGCUCCUCCGGAUCCACCUCAGCGAGUAUCGGUCGCGCGUCAAGUAGAUAAGUCAGUCACUCUGGACUGGGAGCCUCCCGAGGACGACGGUGGCUGUCGCAUCGGCAACUAUGUGGUGGAGUACUACCGCAACGGCUGGAACGUAUGGCUCAAAGCAACCACUAGCCGCAAAACUAACGUCACUCUAUUCGACCUGAUCGAAGGGAGCGAGUAUCGUUUCCGUGUGAAAGCGGAGAGUCCAUAUGGGAUGAGUGCACCGAGCGUGGAAUCGGCUCCAGUGAAGAUACCUGGCCGGCCGGUCGACAUGGAGUUUUUGGCAGUGGAGUCUAAGAUAAUAAACGAGGUGCUGACGCGGGAGGAUGGCGCCGCAGAGGCGCGCGUGUCGCCGGCUCCGCGCCGCAAGCGCGCGCAGACGGCGCCGGCCGAGCCGCAGCCGCCGCAGCGCCAGCCGCGCCGCUCGCCCGCGCGGGACCUCUCCGGCAGCAGCGAGUUCAUGCUGGUACUGUACCCGGACUCACAGAAACAGAUGGAUAAAUCCGAAAAGCGGCAAUCUUUCCAACUCGAUCUGGAUUCACUGACGCCGCCCCCACUCUCGUUCUCUGCACCCGAGUUGAGCUCUCGCUGCGUGAUGCCAUUCAAAGCGCUCCGCAAUGCCGUCAGCUCUUCACAGCUUCUUCACGAACUUGCUAUGGCACGCGUACAUAAAGCAGUCGCCAUGAAAGAGGAACAAACUAAAAAUAAAGAUAGACCCCCUAAUCACAACACUGACAUUCCGUAUAAUUCUAGCCUUGAUCGCGAAAACGUAAAAAAUAACAAUAACAUAACAGAACCAAUGGAAGACACCACUGAAACAAAGAAAAAGCACCCAGAUAUUAUAAUCAAAUCAGAUUCCAUUGAAGAUACAGAGUAUAAAUAUAAUCCACAUCAAGUAUCGAUGGAUUCCGAAGCAUCAGAGCAUAAGUGGCAACAUAUGUCGUUUGAUGAAGACUAUACGGCUAGUACCGUGUCUACAGAUGAGGAAUAUACAGACGAUGGAAGUCUCGACGCAGACCUUGAUAGACGAAGCCAAUAUUCAAACGAAGAAGAAACAUACAAUCCAAGAGACAAAAUGGCUCGCCCUUCACCUUUAAAAGAGUUUAUCGAGGAAGAAGAAGAGCCGUCGGAAUCUGAGCCGCUAAAACCUUUACCUCUCCCUGACCCUAAUUUUGUUCCAAAACCUAUAUUAAAACGAAGAGAAGCCGAUAUAGUAGAAACAAAACCAGCAACGGAGCCAACUCCACCAAAAAUAGAAGAAAAGCCUAAAACAACAGACUAUCUCAAAAUCGAAAAGCCUAAAAUUUUUGAAAAAUCUAAAACUGCUCCAAAAACUAAGUCCUCCGAGAAAUCUGAAAAAUCAAAAGCAGUUGAAAAAGCUAAAAAAGAAGAUAAGAUAACAUUAUUUAAGAAAAUUACCAAAUUACCUGGUCAGAAAUCAUUUCAGUUUCCUAAAUUGUUAAACAAAAAAGGGCUUGAGAAAUCCGAAGAAGAUUUACCCAACGAGAAAACCAAAGUAAAUAAUAAAAUAGAUAAAAUACAAGAUAAAGUCAGUGAAGAGGGAAGGACAGUGAUCGAUUACUAUGGAAAUAUUGUAAAAGAAUACGGUAGACCAAAGAAAGCUCCUGCUCCUAUGUACCUUAAAACAGAAGAUUUGAAGGAAGCUGCUGAACAACAGCAACUAGAAGAAAAGAAACCGGAAAACAAUGAUGAAAAUAAAGCAACAAACCAAGUCCAAGCUCAAGCUGGAAAGCCAAAGAAAACGGUGACUAAACCAAAUAACACUAAAGUGGCACCUGUCAAAGGAAAACCGGCAAAUUCUGUUAACAAAGCAGUAAAGCCAAAAUCAUCGCCUACCGGAGACAAGAAUCAAUUAGAAAAGAAAGUCAAAACGGAACCGCCCAAACCUGUAGAUAUACAGAACAACACACCAAAGAAAGGUACUCAACAGAUAGUGCUAAGGAAAGCAGAAAGGGCAACUAUCGUUAUACCCAUAAACUAUCAAGAACUUGAAGAGAAAGCUAAAAUUAAUGUAAGGUCCGCCAUAGAUUACACAGUGGACGUUUGUUUACUAAUUCUAGCUUUUUGGGUUUACUUCUUCAAAGACGAGAGACUCGCCAUUCCCUUUCUCACCUUGAUUAUAUACCGACAGCUUCAAGAAACGCUCUUGCUGAAUAUUCCCGAGUGGUACAAACGUUAUACUCCGAACUGGCUCAAGAAGAAAACUUCUUGACCUCUCCCAAAAGACAUGUUGUGCGACAUUCUGAAUUGAUUGAAUUGUGAGCAAUGUAUGAUUUGUAUGAUAUUGUGAACAUAUUUGUUUUUAUUAAUAUAUAAACUUACAUAUUA